AAAAGGAUGAUAUAAGCGAAAUUAAACACCCACCUAACAUGAUAAUGACGGAGCAACAGAAACAGUUGGAUAAUUUUCUAAAGAAGCAUAAAACUCUCUUUUCGCAACAAUCGGCUCAUAACCACCUCGUUGAAAAUGUCAUCGAUUACUACUCGCUUGAGGAACAGACUCUUUUAAGAUUCUUAUCAUCUUACAACACAAAUGACCUUUGGGAGACGGCUCUAAGUAAAGUAGUUUAUGAGUGUCAAAAAGCUAUGAAAGACAAAUAUUGCAUUCGAUUAUUAGCAAAUUCGUACUACCUAGACGAAUUGCUAAAAAUCGAAAAUGGCCGAGCUAAGUGGCUAGAAUACGUGGAGAGUAAUGGCCUCAGGAGCCAAACGAGUCCUGGAGAUAUUAGAGGAAACCCAGAACAAAUAUACCAAACUCGGAAAAUAUCCCUACACUUUUUGGAUGGUCUCACCGAUAAAGACUACAAUAACAAGUUCUUACCAUAUACUCAGACCAGUCUAGACUUCAUUACCUGGGAUAUGAGGAACUCAUUUAACGCUUCAGAAGACCUCGCUUCUUAA